AUGUCUUCCUCAAUGGUAGCUUACAAGAGGAAAUCUAUAUGCAAACAGCCACCAGGAUUUGAGUCAUGUAAUACAACUCUGGUUUCCAAACUAAAUAGAGCUAUCUAUGGCCUAAAACAAACCCCAAGGUCCUGGUAUGAAAAGUUACAUCAAACACUCUUUAGCUUUGGGUUUGUAGCAAGCAGGUGUGAUCAUUCUCUUUACACCUACAAUCAUCAAGGUGUUGUAUUAUAUGUGCUUGUAUAUGUAGAUGAUAUUCUGAUGACAGGUUCUUCAUCUCAUCUCAUUCAUAAACUGAUCAACCAACUUCGUCAGCAAUUUUCUCUUAAAAAGCUGGGGAAACCUGAAUACUUCCUGGGUCUGGAAGUCAAAUAUCAAAGGAAUGGGUCUCUUAUACUCACUCAAACAAAGUACAUCAGAGAUCUAUUGGCUAGAGUCAAUAUGGAAGAUUCGCUGUUCUAUAGAUCUGUGGUAGGGGCUCUCCAAUACAUCACACUUACAAGACCACACAUAUCUUAUUCUGUCAAUAAGGCAUGUCAGUUUAUGGCAAAUCCUUUGGACAACCAUUGGAGCAUGGUUAAAAGAAUUCUCAGGUAUUUGAGUGGCACAUUCACUCUUGGUUUACUGCUCUCUCCUGCUCAUCCAAAUCAGGCACUUUCUCGGAGAGCUUAUAGUGAUUCUGACUGGGCUAAUGAUCCAGAUGAUAGGAGAUCAACCUCUGGUACAUGCAUUUUCAUAGGUCCAAAUCUGAUUUCCUGGAGUUCAAAGAAACAAACCCUUGUUGCUAGGUCAAGUGCUGAGGCUGAAUAUAGAGUUGUUGGAAUGGCGAGUAAGGACGAUGUUGUGAAAGAGAGUAUAGAAGAGCCUACCAAGAAUGCUUUUAUGGAAGCAACUAGUCUCCACAUUAAUGUUUGGGAGUUGGAGUGUUCUCUAGAAGCUUCAAGAGGUCAAGAUUGUAUGGUUUACAUAAGACUUAUAGGCGGAGAAAUGUUGGACAAUGAGGCUCCCAAUGUGGUGCAAGUUGAUGCUGAUAUAAGGUUUCAAUGA